AUGGCGACUGGAGAUACAAGUAACACGUUGAAACAUUGUUUAGAGCUGUUGAACUCUAACACGGCGCACCCAGAGCGAUUUUUAAGUCUUCAGGAUGCCUUGGCAGCAGACUUCACCUCUCUCACUAAGACGUUGUACGAUCUACACAAAGCUCAAGAGCCCGCUAGCGCCAAGGGAAGCCCGCUGGAGCAGCUCGUGAUCGAGAACUUUGACGAGGAGCAGAUAUGGCAGGAGCUCGAGCUUCAGAAUGACGCGUUGCUCGGUUACUUUGAAAAGGCUGUCAAGGAGGUCGUCGAUGAUGAAUCGUUAGAUGUUAGUGAAGAAGAGAAGGAGGUGGAGGAGGAAAACGAAGGAGGUGAGGAAAACGGUGAGGAGGAGGAUGAGGAGGGAGAAAUCGGUGAAGAUAUGGAAGAGGGGGACGAAGAGGAUGAGCAUGAUGAAGAGGGAGACGAGGCUGGGGCUGCUGAUGCUGCAUUGGACGAGGACGACAGAUCUUCUGGGGAAGAUUCAGAUGUAGACUUUGAUGUUGAUGCAUUAGAAAAACAAACAAAGCAACAGAAAGGAAAAGCAAGUAAAGGGCCAAAAUCUAAGGGAACUGUAUCAGAGGUGGAUGACAGGUUUUUUAAACUGUCAGAAAUGGAGGCUUUUCUAGAUGACAUGGACAAAAGGGAAGGGAGAGGAGAUGAGGACGAUGAAGAAAUUGACUACUUUCAGGACAUGCCAUCGGACGAGGAAGAACAAGCCCUUGAUAAGAUUAUUGCCUCAAAAAGUCAGAAAAAGCUUAAAAGUUCAAGAAAUCUGAAAUAUAAAGACUACUUUGAUUCUGUGGAGGGAGAACUCACAGAGAAAGACCUUGAAGAGGAAGAUGAAUUGGAUGCUGAGGAAGAGGAGGGAGGAGAAAGUGAAUUAGAUGAGGAGGAUUUCGAUGCAGAGGAGGGGGAUCCAGAUGACAUAGAGGGCCAUAAAGCAAGAGAUGCUCUGAGAAGGGUUACAUUCGAUCUACCAGAAGACAGCGAGGGAGAGGAUUUGGAGGAAAUUUUUGGCGGCAAAUCCAAAAAUGCGUCCAAUGUCGAGAACAAGUCACCAUUUGAGAAACGACAGGAAAAGAUGGCUGAGAAGAUAGAUAAGUUAGAGAAGGACGCAUUGGCAGAGAAACCGUGGCAGUUGACAGGAGAAGUCACCGCACAGACUCGGCCAGAGAACAGCAUGUUGGAGCAGGAUGUGACUUUUGACCAGGCUUCUCGGAUGGCUCCUGCUGUCACUGAAGAGACAACUUUGCAGCUUGAGGAAAUAAUCAAACAGAGAAUUAAAGAUCAGGCAUGGGACGAUGUGGUACGGAAGGAGAAACCCAAAGAGGAGGUGUUUGAGUAUAAGAAACGAUUGACUCUGGACCAUGAGAAGAGCAAACUGAGUCUGGCAGAGGUGUAUGAACAAGAGUACCUUAAACAGACACAGCAAAAAACUGAGGAGGAGGAGAAUCCAGCUCAUGUUGAAAUCCAAAAGCUCAUGGAUUCUCUCUUUCUUAAACUGGAUGCACUUUCUAACUUCCAUUUCACACCUAAACCACCUGUUGCUGAGGUGAAAGUUGUUUCUAAUCUGCCGUCGAUUACCAUGGAGGAAGUGGCCCCAGUCAGUGUCAGUGAUGGUACACUCCUAGCACCCGAGGAGAUAAAGGAAAAGAACAAGGCAGGCGACGUGUUGGGUGACUCUGAGAAAACGGCUACAGACAAGAAACGAGAGAGACGCAAGAAGAAGAAACUGAAACGUAUUAAGAUUCAGGAGCGGGAAAAACGACAGAAACUCAAGCAAACAGCAAAAUCUGGAGAGAACAAAAAAACUAAAGAAGAGGUGGCAGACACCAUAAAGAAACUCACCAAAGGAGGCAAAGCAAAAGUACUCACGGAUGAUGGGAUGGAUAAAGCUCUUCGUUCAUCUCAGGCUUUCUUCUCUCAACUACAAGACCAAGUAAAGAGCCAAAUUAAAGGCUCCAAAGACCAGACAGCCAAGAAGAAGACAAAACAGAAAGAGGUGUCAGCCAGCAAAUUGAAAUUGUAACAUUCAGACAUGGUUCUAAAAUGUAUUGUACAGUGUCCCUUUUUGUAAGUGACAGUUUGUUAAAAAUCAGUGUUUUCAUGUCAGCUUAUG